CCACGUGGAGUCGUCGGAGAGGGCGGUGCGAGCCCGACCCAGUUGCGCGGCCCGGGUCUCGGCUGUGUUGGAUCCCAGCUCUAUGUCCACUUCUUCUCGCAGAGCGAGCCAUGGCUGGAAGAGGAGGCAGAGGGAGGGGUCGGAGCCAGAUGACCUUCAACGUGGAAGCUGUGGGCAUUGGGAAAGGCGACUCGCUGCCCCCAUCCACCCUCCAGCCCUCGCCGCUCUUCCCUCCCAUGGAGUACAAGCCAGUCCCUCUGCAGACGGGUGAGGAGGUGGAAUACAUGCUGGCACUGAAGCAAGAGCUGAGGGGAGCCAUGAAGAAUCUGCCAUAUUAUGUCAAGCCGGCCGCCCCCAAGAAAGAUGUUGAGCGCUACUCAGAUAAAUAUCAGAUGUCCGGCCCCAUUGAUAAUGCUAUUGAUUGGAACCCAGAUUGGCGGCGUUUACCGCGGGAGCUAAAGAUCCGAGUUCGAAAGCUCCGGAAGGAGAGAACCACCAUUCUGAUCCCCAAGCACAAACAGCGGCUCCCGGUGGAUAAGGAGGAAGCCAUUAAGAAACUGGAGACCCUUGAGAAGAAGGAGGAGGAAGUGACGUCAGAGGAAGAAGGGGAGAAGGAGGAGGAGGAGGAGGGAAAGGAAGAGGAGGAAGAGGAGUAUGACGAGGAGGAACACGAAGAGGAGACGGAUUACAUCAUGUCCUACUUCGACAACGGGGAGGAGUUUGGGGCCGACAGUGAUGACAACAUGGACGAGGCGAUAUACUGAGGGGAGCCGGGUUGCUCGGAUACCAGACUGGCGCGGACGGUGCUCGGACGCCUGGGGCCGCGGAACCCAGCCGUCUGCCCGCAGCAGGGACGGGUGUGCCACGUGGGUGACGGCCGAUCCCUCAGGGAAGGGGGCGGCCGUGUCCGGGCUCGCUGGGGACACCCCCAUCCUUCCUCCAGCUCGGUCACCAUUUCUGUCGCCGCAGUGGGAGGCUUGGAUUCAGAUCAGCCACUGAGGCGUGGCCCUUUGCUUCCUGCCUGGCCUCCACCCCUCUUCGAGUGGGCCAGCUGGGGGUGCUUAUGGGUCCUCGCUUCACCCCUAGGUGGUGCUCUUGAUCCAUUUUCCCAGCAGCUGCUUCUUGGAGGCGGAUGGAAAAUUCUGCCGGGAUGGAUAGAGAAUUGAACUACAGCUGACAUAACCAGCGUGUCCGAGUGACAGACAUCCUCUGCCUUCGGACACCCCACUCACCCACCCCCAGCUACCCCAGGGGGUCCCGCCUAGCUCAGCUGUGGGAGAAACUGACUAGACCAACACCAUCCUGGGACUGUAAUGUCCUGUGUUAAUCAGCAUCUGCCCCGGAGGAAGAGGUGAAACCAGCAUUGAAACCCAGCAGGGAGUGGUGAGCGGCUCCCACCCCCACCUCCCCGUCGUCCAGUCCGCUUCACUCCCACUUGCCUCCCCCUGCGAUCUGUUUGAUCUGGGCACACGGAGUGGGGGGGGCGUCUAUUUCCGGGUUAGUCCAGGGUUUUAAUAGGAAACCUCAUUGCACCACAGGCGCGUAGGGUUACAAGGGGGAACAUGGAAUGGAACUGUUCCUCAGACCCACGUCCCUUCCCAGUCCUGGGCCUGAUUCUCCAGGGCCUGACCCCUCGUGCAGCCAGCCGCUUUGCACCCCUGUGAACGGCCUGGUGGGGUGCCAAGCGGGAGGUUGCACCAGCGUUUUGCACGGGGGUAAACAACCACACCAGAUGCAGGGCCACGAAGAAUCAGGUCUUUGGGGGGGUGGGGUUCACAGAGGAUUUUAAUCCCAUUUCAGACCCUGGGCAGACCCUGACUUUGAGGGAUCCCGCCCCAAUCCUGGAGGUGCCCUAUAGAGGUUCCCCAUGUGGCUGGUGCCUUGAUAUGCCCCUGAGGCUCGUCUCAGAAUGGGGUCCAUCCUGCUUCACAUCAGCCUGGCAGUGACUUGGAUCCCCCCAGUCUGCAAAGUUUUAAUAAAUGAGGGUGUUUUUACUAUUUUAAAAUAUUUUAGAGCGGGUGGGUUAAUAAAGGAGGGAGCGUCUCCCUCCCCCACGAUGAUUUUAUGCUGCUCAGUGGUUGAAGGUGGUUGUAAUGUACUUUCCCCCGCCACAGCCUGCCUAGCUUAUAACCCCCAGGCCCUGCAGCCCCCCCUUCUGGAACUGAGCCAGGCUGCAGGGACGGGGUGUUUGGGGGAGGGGCAAAUCCUUGGUUUGACCCGCUGUUGUAAGAAACUGGUGAGUGCCCCCAAAAUGUAUUUGGAUGAGUUUUAAAGAAAGAUUCCGCACACAGAAUUGUCUGUGUGUCUGUGGUGUUUGUAUACGGGGUGUUUGCGCAUGUGUUGUGUUUUGUUGUGGCAUUCUCACGUGUGUGAAUUUGUUGUGUUUGUGUGUUGUGUGCUGCUUGUGCGUUUCUGCAUGUGGCGCUUUUGCACGUUUGUAAGGGUGGGUGUUUGUUGGGGGCGGGAGCUGUGAUGUGUAUGUCUGCGUAGAUUGUAUGUUGUGUGCUCCAUGGGUUUGCGUCUCUGGUAUGUGUGUGGCACGGGGGAUGUGCAUGGGUGUAUGUGUGUCGUGCAUAUGUGGCACGGGGGAUGUGUGUGGAUGUGGACGUGUGUGAGUAGGCACGGGGGAUGUGCAUGGAUGUGUAUGGUGUG